GGAUGCCGAUCCUGUUUACAUGUGGUGCAGUGGGGCUGGUGCAUCCCAAACCAAUUUGAGUUACUAGAUAUUACCUUACCCGUUCAUUCAUUAAAUAUCUCUGGCCUUUUUCCCAGACAUUUCGACAUUACAUCACAAUGUGAAAGGCACUUUACAGAAUAAAGCCCGUGGAAGGCAAAGAAUGAGACAUUUAUCAAUGUGUGCAUAUUAUGUUGAAAAAUAUUAACUUGAUAGUAUAUUCUUUUUUUUGUGCCCUCACAGUGUGCUCUAUUUCCCCCCAUCUCCCGCUGUAGUGCACUUGGACGGGUAAGAGGGUGCGCUGGCCCUUUAAAUGGCUCUCCUUCCCCCGGGCGCUCCUAACUAACACCCACGUCAGCAGAGCCUCCCUUUGUCCAACAACCGGGUUUUGGUCUUUUAGGGCUGAGCAGGAACUGUUUAAGCUGCCCCUCGCUAUCAAGGGAGAAUCGAUGGACAUCUUGGCAGAAAUGCGAGCAAAGACGUCCUCGCAGACACCCGGUGAUCAAGGGCUUGUGAGGCAGCGGAUCCCAGGGGGUAGCGUUUCCAAGACAACAGAGAUCUCCUCCUGUCACCAGAGCAGGCUGCUGCAGCAGCUGGAUGAACAACGGCGGCAAGAGCUGUUCUGCGACUGCAGUGUGAUGGUGGAGGGAAAGCUUUUUAAAGCACACCGCAAUGUACUAUUUGCCAGCAGCGGCUAUUUCCGCAUGCUGCUUUCCCAUGGGGCUCAGGAUUGCGGCAAGGUAGUGAGUGCAUCGUUUGAGGUCUUUUCCCCAGAGACAUUCACUGUCAUUCUGGACUUUGUAUAUUCUGGCCACCUGGAUCUCACAAGCCACAACGUCAUUGAGGUUAUGUCAGCAGCCAGCUAUCUACAGAUGACUGAUGUCAUUGGCUACUGCAAGACAUUCAUCAAGUCUUCACUGGAUAUCAGUGCCAAGGAUGAUGAGGACCGUUACCUCAGCCUGUCAGAAAAUGGGUUGCAAGCUGGCAGUGAAUCACUGCUGUAUACCAGCGACAAUGUCAGUUCUGUGCUUAAGAACACUAACUCGUCCACAAGCAGCCAUUUGUCCUCAUCCUGGCGUGCUUGCAACAGUGGCACCCAGCAGGAUUAUCAGCAGUCUGGCGGUAGCAAAGAAUUAAAGCAGGAGAACUCACAUUCUCUAGUUCCAUCACCUACUGAGGUUUUGGAUUUUAAGACAGGCAACCCCCGGCCAGGGAGGCCACCUGUGGACCCGGAUUCCAGACUGCGACAGCACUCUGCAGCAUCAGCCGAUGAUGCAGAGGCAGAGUCCCCAAAUUCUUUCCAGUAUAGUCCAUCCUCUGAUGGUGUUUUGGGAGGAGGAAAAAAGAUGAAUUGGUCAGGAUCCUCUGGCACUUCAGAGAUGAAGGGCACUCCCUCUCGGCCUAAAGCAGAAAAGGCUGAUGAGUUGUAUGCUACACUGCCCACUAUUGUAGGAGUUGUGGGACUCUUUAACAAAGAUGAGUGUCCAACAAUGCGUUUCAAGUGCCCCUUCUGCACUCAUACAGUCAAGCGUAAGGCAGAUCUCAAGAGACACCUACGCUGCCACACGGGUGAACGACCAUACCCCUGUGAAGCUUGUGGUAAAAGGUUCACGAGGCUUGAGCACCUGAGGAGUCAUUUUCAGACUAUCCACCAAGCUCGAAAACUUAUCUGUCGGAAGUGUAAGCGGCAGGUCACAGAGCUCAGUGGCCGAGUGGUAUGUGAGGGAACUCGCCGAUACCGGCUCUGUCACGAAUGUUUAAUGGAAGCAGGCUGCGACAAUAUGGUACUCGACCUCCCUAACACAGCCGGUCAGAGUGCAGCUCAGUAUUUUGAUGAAGACAAAGGGUGGCCUGUGACAGACGACGACGACCUGGCAGAAGACUCUGGAACAGACCUCAUCAUCCAGGAAGUGGAAGACAGCGAGGAUGAGUCUGAGCAGAAGGAAGUAAAACCUAUGAUGAGCUAAAGCACCUCUUAUUUAUUGAUGGAAGAGGAAUGCUGACUAUGGAGAGAAGAAAGAAUGAAAAGUGUCUUCAGUACCCAUUUGCCACAGUAGUUUUUUAUAGGUAUGCCACUUAUAUAAGAUGUUGGACGAUUUGCAAUGUUUAUUUAUUUAUCUUUUUUUACAUUAAAUAUUACACAAUUGGACUUUUGUUAACAUGUACAGAGUUUUAAUUGUGAUGGACUUCCAUCAUUCCUGUGAACAGCUAUGCCAACAAGCCACACAAAAAAAUCUCACUGACUACGCCAAUUUAAACAGGUUUGCAUUCUUGUCAGAUGCUUCUUUGUGUACAUAAGUGUCUUUGUUAUUAAGUCUCCUUCGCCAAAAUAAAUGUCUUGUUGGUUUAA